GGGAAGGCAAACAAACCGAACUGAAACCAUUCUUCAAACCGAGUCCGACCUCUUCUUCCUGUGAUGUCAUGCUACAAAUUGCCCGAGAUCUUUUCUCUCCUCUCCAGAAGGAGCCAGGCUGGCGAGAGGGACGCCAGGGCUGUGCUCUGCAGGAACAAACACGCUCUGGAAUUUCGGUUCUGCCUUCGCAAGCGGCUUGCUUCCCACCCCGCGAAAGCUCCUUUUACAGAAGGAAGGCUGAGAGAAACGCGAGCGCCGACGCUUUGCGGAAAUCCUUUUCUAAAGCAUACGUUCCCAGCAAAUUCGGAUGGACGAGGCUUCGCCAUCGUGAUCUGCAGCCAAGAAUAAGGCAGAAAGUUCUACGACGGCUUCAUCGAAUCGAGGGGGGGGGGAAUGGAACUAAGCAAGCUUUGGGAUGACCUCAUGCGCCACAAAUGAUACGGGUUUUUGACUUUCAAAGACUGGCUAUGUGAUUACAAAUAGCGCUUGGAAGAGAAGAGCAACGUCCUGGUGAUUGCUGCUGGAGAUGUACUCCCCUGCUGCACAGCCUGUGUUUCUUCUCUGAAGCUGUACUCUGCAACCAACUUAACCAAAUACAUCUGCAAGUUAUUCUGGAAUUUAAAAAAAGUUGCAAUAAAAAUACCAGAGAAACCUCCAAAUCACAGGAAUUUUAAAUAUACCAUUAUAAUGGUAAGCUCUAAUUGUUCCACUGAGGACUCCUUUAAAUAUACUUUAUAUGGGUGUAUCUUUAGUAUGGUGUUUGUUCUCGGCCUCAUAGCAAACUGUGUCGCUAUCUACAUUUUUACUUGUACACUAAAAGUGCAAAACGAGACUACCACUUACAUGCUUAAUUUAGCAAUAUCGGAUCUGCUUUUUGUGUUUACAUUACCCUUCAGGAUUUAUUACUUUGUAGCGAGAAACUGGCCAUUUGGAGACAUUCUUUGCAAGAUUUCUGUCACCCUCUUUUAUACAAAUAUGUAUGGGAGCAUUUUGUUUCUGACUUGCAUAAGCGUAGAUCGCUUUUUAGCCAUAGUACACCCCUUUCGAUCCAAGACUCUCCGAACCAAAAGGAACGCAAAAAUUGUCUGCGCUGCAGUAUGGAUAACCGUGUUAACAGGCAGCACACCAGCAAGCUUUUUCCAGUCUACAAACCGCCGUAAUAAUACUGAACAAAGAACGUGCUUUGAAAACUUUUCGGAGGACACAUGGAAAACCUACCUAUCCCGGAUUGUUAUAUUCAUUGAAAUAGUUGGGUUUUUUAUUCCACUCAUCUUGAACGUGACCUGCUCUACUAUGGUCUUACGGACUCUGAAUAAACCACUUACAUUAAGUCGGAAUAAAUUAAGCAAGAAAAAGGUACUCAAAAUGAUUUUUGUCCAUUUGGUGAUAUUCUGCUUCUGCUUUGUGCCUUAUAACAUUACCUUAAUACUUUACUCCCUUAUGAGAACGCAGACCUGGAUUAAUUGUUCAGUGGUAACUGCAGUCAGGACUAUGUACCCCGUCACCCUGUGCAUCGCCGUUUCAAACUGCUGUUUUGACCCUAUAGUUUAUUACUUUACAUCGGAUACAAUUCAAAAUUCAAUAAAAAAGAACCGGUCCACUAGACCACGGGACAUCAGAUUCUCCGAAAGGCCAGUUUCAGAGAACUUCAUUCAACACGGCCUUCAGACCAUAAAAAUGAAAAUAUUUGACAGUGACUCUACAAUCUAAACUGUAUUAAAAGACUACUGGGACUAAACUGGAAUUAGAAGCCUGCACAUUUCUUCAGCUGCGGAAAUAUAUUCUGAUACGUAUAUGUUAUGCUUCCUUCACAUCAGAAAAGUUUAUGAUAAGACUGUAAAAGUGUUAAGCAUAAUAGUACACAGAAGAAGUAUUUUAAGAAUUUAUGUCAAACGUCUGUUCUGACAGGUCGUAUGUUAGAAAUGAACUUUUGGUUUUGGAUUAGGUUAACCAAAGUCCAAAGACUGUCGAGUUAAACACAAAUGAAAAAGUGGGUGUGUUUUUUCUGAAGUUAAAACAAUUGGUCAUUUUUAAUAAUGAUAUUGGUUUCCAAGUUACGGAGGACGGGGGUGAAACUACCUGGUUUACACUGCACGACCCAGCUGCUGAGGAAAACAGCACCGUAUUGAUCACAUCACCUCAGCUACUGUGCCUGCUCCGAAGUUCCCUCUUCUCCCUCUCUUACUCCUCCCUCCCGUCUUUCUCCCCGCACCUUCCUUCUUAAGGACCAUUACGUUCAUAGGAGGCUUCGAUCAAUGGGCUACAAGAACUUUGUUUCUCCCAGGUUUAUCUGAUAAAAUACGUGCUCUCUCCACAAGCCUGGCCCCCAUAAAGCAAUUAAAUCUUCUGGUAGUUCAGGGCAUCUGGAAACAACUCGGACAAACUGGUUUUUCUUCUCACCUCUGUCUCAGAUGUCUGUGUAAUUAUAACAAAAUAACCGCUGAUGACUGAAGUUAGUGCUUUAGGUACAGUACCACUUUAUUAAAACUCUUUCGUGGGAACUUCAACUCAACACGACUUUUGAGCAAAAUAAGGUAAUUCAAUCUCAAAGUAGUAGUUUCUUAGAAAAACAUGACCUUUGCUAACUAGAAAUGAGCAUGUGGAUGAACCCAAAUAUUUCUUCUAGGAAACUAUUUGGUGUCCCAUAAAGAAAUUCAAGACACAGUAAUUUAGAGUGAAACUUCCUCUCAAUCUUUUGUGUCCUAGAAAUAUUUUUAACAUGGGCAUUUAAAAUUUCAAAUGCUAUUUUCUUGCAAACUUUAUAAAGUAUAAAAAUAAAUUACUUGGGGCUACAUGCUGGCAAAAUUAAUUGAGACACUUUGAAAAGUCAAAGCCAUGUAAAAGGAGAAAUAUAUGUAUAUUACUGUUAUGAACAGGAAUAUAUAGACAAAAGUGCUUUAAAACAUCCUGCUAUGUAUGUUUCCCAGCUAUUAGAACAUUGCGUACAUUUUCCUCAAAAUUAAUUUAAUAUCACUGUAAAAUAAACAAAUAUUUAAAAGGUAAAA